UCUUCACGAUAAUCAGCUACUUGUCUGGCGUCUUCGUAUUCGCGACCAUCGUCGGCCAGGUUGGCACCAUCAUCAAAAACAGGAAUGUGAGCCGUCUUGAGUUUGAAAGGAUUCUGGAUGGUGCCAAGACCUACAUGAGGCAUCACAAGGUUCCGGAUGAUAUGAAACGACGGGUGCUCAGAUGGUACGACUACAGCUAUUCGCGCGGCCGGGUACAAGGCGGGGGUGAUAUCAACACCGCCCUCGCUCUACUCCCGGACAAGUUCAAGACCGAGUUGGCGUUGCACGUGAAUCUCGCAGUACUGAAGAAGGUUAUCAUUUUCCAGGAAUGUCAACCAGAAUUUCUGCGUGAUCUCGUUCUGAAAAUGAAGGCCGACAUAUUCACCCCUGGCGAUUUCAUAUGUCGGAAAGGCGAAGUUGCCCGUGAGAUGUUCAUAAUAGCUGACGGUAUACUGGAUGUGGUCGACGAAAACGGUAGAAUACUCACAACACUCGAGGCCGGAGACUUUUUCGGCGAGAUUGGUAUGCUCAAUCUGGACGGAUUAAAUAAACGUACAGCCGAUGUUCGUUCGGUGGGUUACUCCGAACUGUUUCGUCUAUCGCGGGAGGACGUGCUGGCGGCGAUGUCGGACUACCCGGAGGCGGAAGAAAUCCUGCUAGAUAUGGGUCGAAAGAGGCUGAUAGAAGCGCAGAGAAUGGUAGCGGAAACAUCCGAGUGCAUACCUCUAUCCCCCGGUCAUGAUUCGUCCGACAACAGCACCAGUAAGAAGAUCGUCGAUAAGCUGAAGAGUGACGUGAAGGGCCUGAAGAAUGUUCUGCGGAAGAGUAGGCGCAACACUCUGUCGGAAGAGGACCUGGAGCUCCAGCCAUUAGCGCCGAAGAUGCCGAUGUUGAGACGGCAGCAGAAGAUGGACCUGUGUGUACCUAUAAAUACUCAGGAGCAGCCGGCGUCACCGCUGGGCGCCGGUUUUCCGCUGCUGUCCGAGCUCAGGUUGUUGAAGGAAGAGGAGGAGAGGGAGGAACGGUGUAAUUUGAUGGACACAUCGAGCCACACGGUAGAACUACACAUACCACCAGUCUCGGAGGCCUUGAACCCCACCACUCCUAACCUGACUUUACAGAAAAUAUUUCCGCAAAAAAACGAGCUAGAGAUCAUUCAAAUAGAGAGAGAAAUGUCCACCAAGGAGUCCCUGCUGCCUAGAAACAUUCCCGAGAAGACGAGCACGCAAUUGGACAAGAAGUCGUUCUCGAAUGGUCAGAGUGUCGCUAUAAUCACUGUGACGCAGGUUGAGACACGCACGGUCAAGCCAUCUUGGACCAUGAUGAAAAAUGCAUUGACUCCCAAGGAUAAUUCGUCGCAGAGAAGUUCACCAGCCAAAAAAUUGCAGCAAACCAAAAUGUAUGCUUCACUUGACGAUCUCUCGCCAGAGUACUGCGGUCUGCCAUUCGUUAAGCAGCUUAAAAUCCUCAACGAAAGGCAGAAGCUGGCCGAACUGGAGACAGCGGUUAGAAGCUCAUCCCUCGAUUGCGGCGAAAACGUCGAGCCGGAGUUUGACAGCAACCUCACGAGAAGCCACUCAGAGGCCUGUGCCAUCGAGUACGUCAGGAAGUUGGCUAAAUAUAAUCAAGAUCGACAAGCGGCGGCACCAGAACUAUCGUCGGAAAAUGAAACUUUGGAAAGGCAAAAUUUGAAGAGUAUUUUAAAGCAACUGUCAGCCAGUAAGGCUGGCAGUUCUAAAACUUCGGCAUCUUAUCAUGAAGCUGAAUUGAUGAGAAAGCCGACAGUUGAAGGUUAUGUCGCAAGGCAUUCAAAACUAUUCAAAAGUGUAACUUUUAAUAAAUACACACUUCAGAGUCCACCAUCUGAGCUGCCGCCACAUGGUAAAUUAUGUUUCCGUCCUAUCUUGCAAACGACGUCCCGGCCGCGCGAGGAGGAAUGUCCAAAUGAAUUGCUCUCGGGUUUCGGGGAUGUCAUCAAGACAACCUUGGAGGACGUACAAAAUAAAUUCCAACAAAAGUUUAUGUCGCUCGAAUUGGAGAUUCGUAAACGAGAUGAAAUUAUAUUGCAAUUGCGAUUCCGAAUUCACGAAUUGGAACAAGGAAAAAUGAAUAGCACCGAACAGGACGUGGAUGAUCUCGAUGAAGAUCAUCCCUUUGUGCGACAUAAUUCGACAGAUACGGUUAUUAAUUCUAUACCGUCCCAAGAUCAACACUCGUCUUCAUUGGUCGUCUCAAGCUCCCGCGGCAAGCAAUCGUGGGAAGAACAUACAGAAAAAGAAACCUUAGAACUAAAGGAAUUACCCAGCUCCAUAAUUCCCCAAAGAUUAUCGCGGGAGGAUGUGACAAUCGAUAUUGACUCACACAGCAACAAUAGAUUGAAUAAAGAAUUUUAUGUCUGUAGUUGUCACAAGGGCGACAGCCAUGAGAACAAUGAGAAAGAUAAAAAAGAGAAGGAGGAGGAGGAAGAGGAGGAGGAGGAGGAGGAGGAGGAGGAGGAGGAGGAGGAGGAGGAUGAGGAGGAGGAAGAAGAGGAGGGGGAGAGAGAGGAUGAGGAUGUAGAUGAGGAGGAGGAUGAUGAUGAGGAGGAAGAUAAAAUUGCUAGGCAGGGUGACUUCAAUAACUGGGAAGUCACUCUGCUGGCAAAACAGCUAGAGGAGAAGAGAAGAAGUGGCGAUAAUGCUAACUUUGAUUAAUGAGAUUCAUUAAUGAGAUUUGCUAUCAUUUUCAUUAAUGAGAUUCUAGAAGGGGUAGACCUCAGGGGUAGACCUUAAACGAUUCGGUGUCAACCCCCCAAGUUUGGGUGUGGCUCAAUUUUUGGUGUUGCGUUCCAAAUGAUUCGGUGUCAAUUUCUAAAUUUGGGAGUUAACUCUCAAUCAAUUUUCGAUGUUGAGCUCUAAGAUGACAUUCAGUGUCAACUCCUAAGCUUAGAUGUAACUCUCAAUGUUUUGUGUCAAGUCUCAAAUGAUUCGGUAUCAACCCUCCAAGUUUGGGUGUGGCUCAAUUUUUGGUAUUGCGUUCCAAAUGAUUCGGUGUCAAUUUCUAAAUUUGGGAGUUGAUUCUCAAUCAAUUUUUGAUGUGCUAUAAGAUGAUUCGGUGUCAACUCUCAAGCUUGGAUGUAACUCUCAAUGUUUUGUGUCAAGUCUCAAAUGAUUCGGUAUCAACCCUCCAAGUUUGGGUGUGG